CUUUUUUUUUUUUCUUGGUCGACCUUUCAGCCAACUAUUAUUCAACGUUUAAGUUUGAAGUCUUGGCGGUUUUAAUACUGCAAGAAUACUAUCUUUUUAUUUUUCGUUUUUUUUUCAUUUGUGACCCUGUCCACUGAUUAAUUUCUUGAGCUGGAUUCAGUUUCUGCUACAAUUUAUUUAGAAUUCAAAUACGUGAGCGAGAGAAUUGAUUUGGGAAUCAAGUAAAGAUUGAAUCUUUGUGAGAGAAUCUAAAGAUUUACGUGAGGGAAUGAAUGGAUUGUUGCAGAUGAGCUUAAAAAAAAUCAAUCUUGAUGAAUUGGGGGUUUGAUUUGUGACGUGGCAAUAAGACUGUGCCAAAGUGGAAACUUGACAGAUUUUCUUCUAUUAAGAAAAUGAACACUGUAUUUGCAUAAUAUUGGCAUGAGAUGAUUUAAACGAGUAGCGGAACCGAAUUGGUACUGAGGCGUAUUUGUUGUUGUUGUAAGAGAAUGAAUACUGUGGGGAGGAUAGGUAGCUAUAUAGGUCGAGGCGUACGUAGUGUUUCUGGGACUUUAAAUCCAUUUGGUGGUGCUGUGGAUAUCAUAGUGGUGAAGCAACCAGAUGGGAGUUUGAAAUCCUCUCCUUGGUAUGUUCGAUUCGGAAAGUUUCAGGAGGUUUUGAAGGCAAAAGAAAAGGUGGUUAAUGUAAGUGUCAAUGGCGUGGAAGCGGGUUUCUGUAUGAAUUUAGAUAGUAGAGGGCAAGCAUACUUUCUAAGGGAGCUGGACAUGGUAGAUGGAGAUUCUUUAACUACUCGAACAUCCGAACAGCUAGCAACUUUGAAUCUGAAGGAGGGAAAGAAUGUAGUUGUAUUCACAUGCUCGAAACAGCAGGUUGAUGCGUGUAUAUAUUUGUGGCGAUGGGACACAAAUAUUGUAGUCUCUGAUGUUGAUGGAACAAUUACUAGAUCUGAUGUUCUAGGACAGUUCAUGCCUUUGGUUGGGGUGGAUUGGUCACAGUCAGGCGUUGCACAUCUCUUUUCGGCUAUCAAGGAGAACGGCUAUCAAUUGCUUUUCCAAAGUGCACGUGCUAUUUCACAGGCCUAUCUCACUAGACAAUUCUUGUUUAAUCUUAUGCAGGAUGGAAAGGGAUUACCAGAAGGACCUGUUCUUACAUCGCCUGAUGGACUUUUUCGUUCUUUAUUUCGAGAAGUGGUUACAAGAUCUCCUCAUGAAUUCAAAAUUACUUGCUUACAGGAUGUCAAGGCAUUGUUCCCUUCUGAUAGGAAUCCCUUCUAUGCUGGUUUUGGAAACAGAGACACCGACAAGCUCAGCUACCUCAAGGUUGGAAUACCUGAAGGAAAAAUCUUCACCAUCGAUCCCAAGGGCCAAAUUGUUAUGAACCACCACAUAGAUACAAAGUCAUACACCUACAUACAUGGUUGCGUCGAUGGCAUGUUUCCACCCUUGUCCUCACGUGAGCAGAUUUGUUAUGGACAAAGUGUUAUUACUAAGAGGAGGUUUUUUCGCCGUUGAUGGGUAAAUGACUGGAGAGUGUGAUGCUACUGAUGCAUUCAUCGUUGUGAAUGACACAUAUACUGGAAUAAUGGAGACCUGCAUUUGAAGAAAAUUCUCUCUGAACUUUAUGUAGGGGAUCUGGUCUCUGUGUAACUGGUUUUGUCAAGAAAUGUCCACCUUAAGAGCGAAAGGAAGGUUCGUUUUAUCAAAUGCUCUAGAUAUUAGAUUGUUAGAAUAAGAUUUUCCCCUUUUACGCAUGAAGAGCCCAUUGUGUUUGUCAAUCUGUAUCCUAUAAUUCAUGUGUAGGUUUUUUUUUAAUCACAGAUCGACAGGUGAUCCGUCCUA